GCGGGCCGCUGCCCCAGAGGACGCAGUGCGCAUGUGGCUCGACCAAGGCGAACACCAGAGGGCGCUGCGCAUCGCCGAGUCGCACGCUACGCACAUGGUAGAAGAAGUGCUUGUGGAAGGAGCCCGCGUGGCUGCGGAGCGCGGCGACUUGGUUCAGUUUGAAGCGCUGAUGAUCCGCGCCAACCGACCAGCCGAGGUCGUUCAGCACUACAGGGACCUCGAAAUGUGGGAGGACGCAUCGCGCAUAUCUCGCGAGUACCUCCCCGACAGCGCGGAGCCCGUGCCGGCCGCCGUGCCGCCGCUGCUGCGCCGCGCCGCAGACCACGCUGAUAGCGGCGAGUGGUGGGAGGCGGUGCAGCUGCUGCUGGGCGCGAGCGCGGCGGGCGCGGCGGGCGGCGCGCUGCGGCUGGCGGAGCGCGCGGCGCUGCGAGCCGCCCGCCUGGCGCGCGACCACCUUGAGGGUGCCCGUCGUCGCGCCGCCGCCGAUAUGCUCGCGGAGAGAUUUACUGCUAUCGAUCAGAGCGAUGUCGGAGAACAGCUUCGUAUGGCACUCACAGAAGGCGAGGUGGAAAAUGCUUCUGGUGUAGACGGUUCUGAAGAAGAAGAGGAGGAAGUGGUGCCGGGGGUGGCGGCGCGGGGUGUAGCUGCGGAGAGCGGGGAGGGCGGGGAGG